AUGGUCCAUACAGAAGUGAAGUACUUGACAAAGCCCAAUGCAACCCAUAUCAGUAGCAUCUCGAGAGUGAAGAGGAGGCGAAGGCCAGAUUCAGGUAUGAUCCCCAUGCCACACAGUUCAUCAACUUCUCACAACUAUCAGACUUCAUUGCAAGUCUGGAUGGUCCCUUUGGGAUCCCCAAACCAACAACACGUUGCCCUUGUGUCUUUCGACCUUCCCAUUGCAAAGGGGGAUAAGAUCCACUGUUUGGACAUCCUUCACGCUCUUACAAAACAUGUUCUUGGACAUGUAGAAGAAACCGAGGAAUUCAAGAGGCUCAAGAUGCAGAUGGAAGAGAAAUUUAAGAAGCAGUUUCCGACACGCAAAGAGCUCGAGAUUGUUUCCUCUACUAGACGUUGGAAAAAGAUGGACUCGGCAGCUAAAACCAUCCAAAUGGCUUGGCGUGCUUUCUUGAAGUACCGGCGAGAAUUAGAAAAGAAGAAUUUGCUCCUGGAAGAGGCACAGACACAAACCUCCUCUCCAGGGGGAUCUUCAAUACGAUCUGGUUUCAAGAAAGUAUCAAACCUGUUACAGGUAGUCCCAAUGCCUAUGAGUGUGCCUCGCCGAAGGUCCGUUACUGUCCUCCAAGUGGAUGGAGGAGGAUCAAGCUCACGUCGUGCUUCCCGUGCCUCUGUUAAUGAGGUUUCAACAUCUCCCCGUGGGUCUCUCUUCUUCUUCCCUAUUUCACGCCGCGCCUCUCGAGCCUCUGCCACUUCUGCCACUUCAGGGGCCUCCAACCCAUCUUUAGUGUCUGUACAGAUCCAUCAGGUUGCCGACCAUGACUCCCCUCAUGCUUCUCAAGGCUCCACAGAAGCCCUAAACACUGAAGCCAGCUGACGCAAGCCUUCUGUGGGCCCACCUUGACGCUCCCCCCCAAUGUAACCGGUGCCCCCAGCUGCAUGCCAACACCUUCUUGGCGACUGUGUUGGCCAUUAAUGAUAGCUGAUAGUCUUCUAGUUGAAAGCUGAUGGCUAACAGUUACAUAGAUUCUUGCUUACAUUUUGUGACCAAGCUCAACAUGCGUGAUUCUUGGUUACCCUUGCCUGACUGGCAUUAACCCAGUCUAUUCCUGUAAGCCCAACUGUGAGGCUUCAUGCGCUACGAGUACCCAAAGGAGAAGAGAAGGAGCACUUUGGUUGCUCUAAAUGUUACAACUUAGCAUUUCAAUAUGUUCCUGAAAUUUUUGUCAUGUUGAUUAUUGGCACGUGUCUCAAUUUGAUGUCAAAUUUUAGACCAGAUUAAUUGUGUUAUGACAAAGAUGAAAUCAUUUUUUACUAUUGUUUCCAUUGAUAUUUCCCAUUGUUAUUGUACAUAAGUAUUUUCACCAUGGAAUAUUUAAUUUCAAAUUCCAUUUAUCAACAUAUGUAUAUGCAAUUUGCUUUUUCUCUUGCAAUUGCUGUUAGGCUCACAAUAUCAUGCAAAUACAACCAUUGGUUUUCUUAUAGAAAACCUUUAAAAAGUUAUAAAUCUGAGAUGGUCUUGAAAAAGAGGUAAGAUAACAUAUUGUAUAGUUCUUUCAUAGCAAAAUUAAUUGAAGGUUUAUAUUAUAUUAUCCAAAAUAAUGAAAAAAUCUACAUCUCUUUUUCAAGGUCUCCAAGGUCAUAUACUCAAUAUUUUUUUUUUGGCAUUAUUGCCUAUCGUUAUCCCUGCACAUGAGCAUGGAACCAUCGCAAAACGAUAUGCAAGUAGAGUUAUUUGCCAGUUUGUUAGCUUUGUUGUAGGGUGCCAAAGAUUUUGUUUAUGCCUUAGUCUACAAAAGCUCUUUCAGAGUCAAGUUUCAUGGGGAAUCAGCCUUUUGCCUUAAAAUGAACUUUCUAUAAGUAGCCAGAUAAUUUUUUGGGUACAAGAGCAGUUCAGAAUGCCUUGCCCUUCAACCAGUUCUCUGUGAGCCAUGAGACUUGACAGAUACACUCCUCUCUAGCCUGUAUUUAGGUUUCUCUAAUAGAUAAAACGUGCCAAAAUAUCAGCACCAGCUUUUUAAAGAUCACCUCAAAAAUAGAAAUUAAUAAUAAUGUAAUUGUAUAAUAAUGUACAUAAUUAUAGUUUUACUUAUGAAAGCAUACUUCGUUACUCUUGGCAAAAAUGUAAUCUAUUUGUACAGUGUUAGGUGACUGCCGAGUUAUCAGGUCAAUGUAUCUUCGAUGUUCUUGUUAUUACAUUUUGGAAAGAUACUGUAUACCAAUCUCCGAUAAGUUGUUUACCCAUGUGAGGUCUCGGAUAGAAUGUCAUAAAGGACAAAAGUUACUGCAUGGUACUGCCUUGUUAUACCAAUAUUCCUAAAGAAAAUUUAAAUACUGCACUAAUUAAUUUUAUUAUAAAAUAUAUAAUUACAAGAAUUUCCUAUUUCAUUUGAAUUAUUUAUGUAAUUAGUUUUUCCAUGUAAAAUAAGGAGUAUUUAUACAUUAAUAAUCCCUCAAUAUGCCUAACUUAUAUUUUUAAAGGACCAAGUACAUUGUUAUAAUUAUGACCAAUGGGAUACUUUGCCUUUACAUGUUACUUUCAUUUCAAGAUAUUAACAUGUAUGAAGCAGUGUUUAUCUCAGUAUCCAACUUGUAGCCAGGAUCUGAUUAACUAGGUCCUGCUUAAUUGGCAUUCAAGUGUCCCAGUUAAUCGUUGGCCAUAAAUAAGUCAAGAUGCACUGUGUGUAAAGUUCUCAAUAAUUCAAAAAUUUCACUUAUUUUGUGUGCAUUGCAACACCCAGCAUGACCAUGUUCAUCCUUUCACAAUUUUAUCUUUACCUUCAAAUUAUAUAUAAUCGGACAAUUAAUAUUUUUAAUGUCUAUUUUAUAUAUGCCAAAUGUACCUCUUCAUUUUUUUUAGAAUAGUUCUUCUUUGCCUUGGUCAGAUAAUAUAACAUCACUAAAAUUUGUUGUGUCCUUGUUAUUGUACAUUACUCAUUCUUAACAGUAAGAAGUCACAUGUAUUUAAUUUUCUUGGGUUUUUAAGGCAGUAAGAGAUUUUUUAUAACUGUGAAGGAAUUUAUUGUAUAAAAUGUUAUGCUGUGAAGCUCAUACCAUAAUUCAUUAUGUAGAAUAUGCUAGAUUAGUACAUUGUAAUCAUAAUAUUCCUGGUGUGCAGACACUGAAGAUACCAGUAGUAGAGAUUUACAAAAUAUUGUACAAGCUGUCUCAUUCUUUAACAAGAAUGUCUUGUAAAGAUAGUGUAGUCUUAAAAUAAGUCAAUUUAUCACUAUUAUAUAGUGUGAACACUGGCUACACCUGAAAUGGAAUCUUCAUUAAUUUUUCUAAGCAAAAUAUACCGGGAAUAUUAUGAUUGCAGUUUAGUAGUGGACCACCUUCACUGUAGGGGAGCAGGCAAGGUGGUGCAUUCAGCAGGUCACUGUCUUGUAUCAAAACAAUGUCCAGCAUCACUUAGUGAUAGCAGGAGUAGUGUAGGACUCAGAAUUGUAAAUAAUAUUCACCUCCAGUCUCAGGUCAUCAUCAUUUCACCAACAUAGUCAUCAAUUCAUGUUCAUCAUCUCAUGUCAGGAAGAGCUAGAGUCUUCAGGUAUUUCUCUCAGAAGAAACUAGAAAAUCUGAAAAUAUUGUUGCAUAUGAAUUUGUUUCAGUACAGCACAUAAUUCAUAAUUAAACUAAGAGGUCUUUUUUUAUGUAGUUACUACCAUACAUUACCUUUUCCUGUUUACAGUAUUAUGAAGGUUUUAAUGACUGCAGUAUUUUGUAUUGAAUUCACUAUUGGCAAUGCCUGAAAUGUUACAGUUAAUAGUUACAAAUGUUAAGCAUAUGGCUGAAUAUUUGUAUAUAUAAUGUGUGAACCAAAAAUAUACAAUAGAUACAUACAGUACAGUAUUUAUAAUGUAACACCACUCAUAUGAAGACUGUCUUCACAUGCAAUAAUAUA